UGCUCCCUGGGGACCGCCCUUUCCUCCAUCAACGACUUUUCAAAAUCGCCAGCAGGCGCCGCAGAGAGGAGAAAUGGAGAAUGACCCUCACCCACAAAGAGCAGCCCAGCCCAGAUCGUACAAACGAUCGACACAUCCUUCCUCGUAGUUGAAACAGCUCUUACAUUUCUAGCGCACUACCGAGAAAGACUUUCAAGGCAGCAUUGAGGAAACCACGACGACGCGCCUUGUGUGGAGGGCAUGUGUCAAAAAAGUACGCUUGGUUUUAGCGUUUAGUGUUUUUUGUUUGUUUGUUUGUUUGUUUGCUUUUUUCCCCACUCCAAGGCUGGACACGGAGAGGAGUCGUUUUAAGUUUGGCGAAUUAGGGCAGGCUGCCGUCCCGUGGAAUGGAUGACGUCCUGGAGCAGGACCAGCAUGAAGAGCGCCUCAAGGAAGUUUUCGACAGCUUCGAUGCCAGCGGUUGCGGCUCCCUGUGCCCUGAGGAGCUGGCCGACCUCUGCGUGUCGCUGCACCUGGAAGAUGCUGCCCCAGCCCUGCUAGAUGUGCUGCUGCAGGGUCGGGACCGCCUCACAGACAGGAUUGACUUUGACCAAUUCAAGGAUGCGCUGAUUCUGGCAUUGUCAUCUGGCUUUGAGGCAUCCCAAGCACAACAGGAAGUCUCGUCCAGACCAGAGUCUCCUGACAUCAAGCCAAAGUUUGUAAAGGGCAGCAAGCGUUACGGCCGCCGCUCCAAACCGGAAUUGGUCAACACCAUUCCAGAGUUUAUUCAAGGUCCCCACAACCAAGACGAAGACAUCACACGCAGUGAGGACACUCAGGACAACUGUGACGCCACUAUUCCAAGGAAGCGUGAGCGCUGGAAUGCAGAUGAAACCAGUACAGAGGAGUAUGAAGCAGAAGGCCAGCUGCAUCUAUGGAACCCCGACGAGCCGAGCACACCUCAAGGUUGUGCCGCAGCUACCCUGAAGGAGAAGCUCCAGCAAGCCUGUGACGAGUUGGCCAUAUCCUGGUACGGAUGCGCCGGCCACUCGCAAAUGCUUGCCCUGUGCGACUAUCUGGGCUUGGAGAUAAGUGCAGAUGUACUCCAUGGUUUGAAUGGUGACGGGUGGAUCAAUGUUCAAGAGUUUGUCUCCAUGGUUCUUAAGUAUAACAAGCCUGCCACCCCGUCUGCCUCCACUCCUUACAGACAGCUGAAAAGACAGCACUCCACUCAGCCUUUUGAUGAGGCGGGCCGCCGGAUUGCCGCCUCCUCCGCUCUGAUGAGCAGCAUCGGCAUGCGCUUGUUCUCCACCCUGGAUGACGGCACCGGCUUCACGCCGGUCGAGUCCAUCAUAGAUUCCUGGAUGGAGGAAGGCAUAGAAAACGGCAGUGAGAUCCUGAAGGCAUUAAAUUUCAGCCUCGAAGGCAAGCUGAGUUUGUCCGAUCUAAGUACUGCGCUAGAAAGUGAACUCCUGGCCACCAAGAAUGGCAUCCACCGGGUGGCGCUGGCCAGUUUCAAAGCGGAAAUCCGACAUCUACUGGAACGAAUCGAUGGCGAGUUGAGGGAGAAGGAGAAAAUCCGAUCAGACCUGGAAAGGGUAGAAAGGCUUAAAUCCCAACUGGCUACCGAGGUGGACGAGCAUCACUCGUCAAUCGAGAAGGCAAAUCAUCUUAACCUCAGGAAGCUGGAAGAGGAGCACCGGGAGAAGCUAGCGGCAGUGCGCUUGGAGCUAAUGAAGGAAAUGGACCUGAUCCGCCAACAGGCAGCCCAACAACGUGAGGAGCUGGAAGCCGAGGUGGACAAGAUCAAGGAGGAGGAGUCCUUUCUCAGGGAACACCUGUCCAUUUCAAUCAAGGAAAACCGACGUCUGGAGAUGGACUUAAUGGACUGCGGUGAAAGACUGAUGGAGGCCCAAAACCAAGUGACAAAACUGCGUGGCAGUUUGGACAAUGUCUUGAAAGAGAAAUUUGGCGACCUGGACCCUGGCAGUGCUGACUUCUUAAUGCAGGAGGAGCGCAUUAAGCAGCUGCGACUGGGCUACGAAGCACAAUGCAGGAAACUGCAAGACCGCGUGGAUGAGCUGCUGUCUGAGCUGCAGGACUUUCACAGCAUGGAUCGACCUCAGCAGUCCUGCUCCCAGCCUCUCUCGGAGGAGCUGGAGGGCAAAAGCCCAGGCGUGGAGUCUGACCCCGGCCUCGGCUCAGAGGAAGUCAAUCCUUUAAGCAGUAUGAGCCUAGAGGCUGAGAUGAUGCUGGAACAGCUGAAGGAGCAGCAUUUGCACCAAUUGGAUGACUUGAGGAAAGAGCUGGAGUGCAAAACCGACGAAUUCAACACUGUGGUUGAGCAAAAAGAGGACCAAAAGACUGCACUGGACCGCCAGCACCAGCAGGAGGUCGAGGCCAUAAGGGAGGAGCUGGCAAGCGCUCGCUCACGUGAGACGGAGCUCCAAAGCCAGCUUGAGCGGGCCUCGCAAGAGCAGACCCGCCUGGAGAAGGAGACACAGGAUGAGGUGAGGACCCUGAGGCAGCAGCUCCUUGAGGAACAAAGCAUUUCUGCGGAACUGGGGGAGCAGCUCAGAAACCUGCAAGAGCAAAAGCCGGACUUUCUCGCCGUCAUGGAGGAGCUACAAAACCAACACGCCAGUGACAUAGAGAUUCUGGAGAAGAAAAACAUGCAGCUCUUGGAAGUCAGGCUGCAGGAACAGAAGAAGAAACACCUGGAAGAGAGGGAGGAUUUGGAAAAGAGGUGGUUGGAAUGUUUUGAAAAGGAAAAGGAAUUGAUGAAGCAGACUCAUGAUGAAGAGCUGUUGGCCAGACUUGAAAAGGCAAUGUCUUGCUUGAAGAAUGAGCAUGACCGAACUGUAAAAAGGCUUACUGCGGAGUGGCAAGAGCAGAGAGUUCUGCUAGAAGAGCAAAACAAUGAGUCCCUGCAGGCUGUGCUGGAGGACGCCAUGCUGAGGCUGGGCAAGGAGCAGGAGCGGAAGGAGAGCCAGCUCCAGGAGCAGCACGAUGGCGAGCGUCGCAGUCUUCAGGAGCAGCACGAGCAUCGGGAGACCCAGCUCAAGCAGGCAUGGGAGCGGGAAAGGCUGCAGCUGGAAAAGGACUACAAAGGCAUGCUCCAGCAGAGGCUGCAUGAGGAACGAGAGAAGCACCAGACUGUGAAGGAGGAGCUGCAGAAGAGGCUGAACAUGCAGGAAGAUUGCCACCGCAAGACCCUGCAGGAGAUGACUAUUAAACACGCUGAAGAGAGGAACACAAUCAGUGGCAAGCUGGAGAAACUACAAGACAACCUUGUUCAGGAGAGUUACUGCAUAACCAUGUACAGGGAGCAGACAGAAGUGUGCUUCUUCAAGAAAAUCAAGCAAGUUGAAGAUCGUUUCUCAGCUGACCAAGAAUUAGCGGCCGCACGCUUUCAAACUGACAUCUUGAAACUGGAACAUCACUACCAGAGAGAGCUGGAGGACCUCUCAAAGAACCACGCUGAGGAGAAACUCUGCUGGGAGUUACAGUUACAGAAAGCGAUGGAGAGUGUUGACGUUUCUCAGAUCAAUGGAGAAGUAGCAGCAGAGAGACAUAAUCAGGAGUGGGCAAAAGAACGAAUUGAAUUGGAGAAGAUUCAUGGAGAAGUCAUGCAAGCAGUGGUGAAAAAGAAUCAGGAGUUGCAACACCAAGUGAAGACCAAGGAAAUCGAGCUAAAUCGCCAGUUUAACGAUCUGCACAACCGACUCCAGGAGAGUCUGCAGGCCAAUGAGGACCUUCUUAAUCAGUCUGAAAAGAAAGCCAAGGAGGCUGAACACCUGCUCAACCAAGCGGUAGAAGAUUUCCAACAGGAGAGGGAGGAAUUCCAGGGCAACCACUUGCAGCUUGAGGCGCAAUAUGAAGAGAUUCUUUCAAUAUCCCAAAGGCAGGAAGCAGAGCGGAUUGCGCUGCUCACAGAGCGUGACGAUUUGAAGCUGAGGAUUGAUGGCAUGGAGAAGCUUCUCAAACAGGCCGUAGAUGACUUUGAGCUGGACAGGAAGGAGCUUCAGGGAGAGGUGGCUAUUCUCAAGGAAAAAUUGAAAGAAAGCCAAAACCAUGAUCUGUUUUUGGCUGCAUUUAAGAACAAGGAAACUAUUUCAAAGCCAAUACCAGAUGAGUCCUACAAUGGAGAAGGUCUUGAUAUGCAAAUAGACCCAAUGGUUAGGCCUGAAGAAGUGUCACAACUGAAGAUGGAUGCAAGUGAGGACCAAGUCAAUAUCUUAAGUACUUUUAACACCUGUCUUCUAGGUAAGGGAUGCAGUGAUCAGGAAACUUCAAACUUUAACGAACCUGACAACAAUCCUAAAGCUUUCAUGUGUCAUGGAGAAGACCCAUUGAUGCCCACUGACCUUGAGUUCACUUCAACUGGUGGAAAUGUAAAGGACUUCUUGCUUAGCCAAUCUCAAGAUAAAGAGGCAUCUGGGGCUCUGGAAUACAACAAUGAAGAAAGUCAACCUCAAACUACACUUACCUCUACUUCAGAAUGCUCCUCCCACAAGGAUGAGUUGUUUAAGCAGAUGGUUGUUAAUUCCUUGGACCUCGUGGAUCCUUGUGAACUUUCUCUUGAGAAUCCCAAAGAUGACCCUGGUCCAAAAUCUGUCUGGUAUGAUUCGAACGGGGAAUUUACCAUCGAUAAUGGAGAACCCCUUGAUCAAGACAUUGAUUGUGAACUCGAGGAUUUGCCCAUCUUUGAACAGCAGUCUUUGUACUAUCAAACCAGAGAGGAGAUUGUCCUAAUGCGUGAGAAGAUCAUGUUACUCCAGCAGAAGACUGACCUCCUACAGAGUCUUUUGGAGCACAAUUGCAAGAAAAUGCAAAAAGGCCGCGAGUAUCUUGAGGAAAACUACAGCCUCAAAGUCAAAAUGGUCUUGCUAAUAGAACAUAUCAAAGUGCUGGAAAUUGAUGCCUUUAGGCUGAAAGCGCUUCAGGUUCGUUACGAAGAGUGCGAGUGUGAAAACGCCACGCUGAAGCAGAAAAACGCUGAGCUCAAAAUGAGGGUUUUCAGACUGCAAAGCAGAAUUUAUCUCACAGAUGACAUCAGCAGAAUUCAACAGGAGAACUGUAAACUCUUAGAUUUGUUUGAAGCACAAGGGGACAUUCUGGUCCCUGGUUUCCUCCGGAGCCAAAUUGCUGAGGUUUCUUGCAUCCAAGACUGUUGCGGUGAGUUUAAGGCAGAUGCCACGGGACUUUCCAAAGCCAUCUCAGAGCUGCAAAACAAGAAUCCAACCACACAGGGCAAUAGGCAGAACCUGGAGCAGCUCAACCAAGAGAAGAUUGCCGCCGAACACACAGCAGAGAAUUUGAACAAACAGGUGGCCGAUCUUCAUUCGCAAUGUCAGCAACUCCAGAGUGAAAAGGGAACGCUGGCUGACAAGAUUGUCCGUAGCCAGACUGUCGUGGACGAGCUCAAGCAGCAGCUAACUGAACUGAUCAAAGACAACGAAAGCCGGGAGGUGCUUGCCGAGGAAAAGAAAAAGGUUGAUGCUUGUAUGAACGCUCUGGAGGCCGAGUUGACCAAAGCUCUGACAGAAACAGCCAGGCUGGAGGACCAGAACGCCCAUUUGGCCGAGAAGGUGUCUGGCCUCGAGGAGAAGCUGAUAGAGGCAGAUUCGGUGGAGAAUCAUCUCGGCCACUUAACGGAUGAGCGAAAGGAUGCAGCCAAAGAGAACAGAGGACUCCGCAAGCAGCUAGCUAAAUCCCAAGAGACGCUGAAGAACAUGGAGGGCGCCCUUCAGACCGCGAGCCUUCAGAGAGCUUGCCUAAGGUCUGAUCUUCGCAGCAUGCAGCAGGAGAAAGAUUCCUUGCAACAGCAGCUUGCAACGCUACACAAGCAGCUGCUGAACGCCUCUGAUAGGAACCGCUUUUUGGAGCUGGCCUUGCACAACUGUGCUAUCCAGAGUCCUAGCAAGAAGCUCCACAGAGACACACUGCAACCAAAGGAACAAGAUGACAAGGCUAGCAAGUUGUUACUGAAGCAGCAGCACAAAAACAGCCAGGUGACAAUGCUCAAAACCUUGGAGCAGGAAAACGCCAUCCUCAAAGAGAAAUUGGAAGAACAUAAGCAGCUCAUGAAGGAUGUUGCUGCAAAGGAUGGACACGCACAACUGGAUGAACUACAGGAGGAAAAUAAAUUGCUCAAGGCCCGUGUAGAAAGGCUCACUAAACAACUCUUUGAGUCAUUCCACACUUACUUCAUGGAACUCCUGCCCGCAUCGCCCUGCAGGUUGGCGAGGGGACAUUGUUCUGAUGCCGACAGCGCGCAGGACAAGCAGGGACCCCGGAUGGAGCAAAUGGAGGCACGAUUGAUAGAAAUCGAGACAUCGCUGCGUAAUGUCAAGUUGCUCCUCAGAGAGAAGGUGGCCCAGCUCAAAGAGCAGGUGCACAAGAACAGCAAAGCGGACGCGCUCAUCCGAGACUUGUACAUUGACAACGGUCAGCUGCUGAAGGCUCUGGAGGCGGUUGAGCGCCAAAGCAGAUCGGCAGAGAAAGCACGGCAGCCGGUCGCUGCCAGAGCAUGUGGUCCGAGCCCUCCGCCAGCCUACAACUUAAAAUGCGCAUAAAUUGCACAUGAUUGUUUUUUAAGAACCAAAAUCUCAGUUCUAUAACAACCAUUCAAGCCAAAUCCAUGCAAAUUGCUGUCCUGCAAUAGAUUUUUUUUUUUUUUUUAAACAAUUUGGAAUUCAGACCUUCAAUAUUUACUGACAUUGUGUUGGAAUUUAGUUUUAACGCAAUUGUAACUACAUAAUUAAGUAUUCAUUUAUGCUACCUCAAUUCAUAAAAAUACUACGUAAAAGAAUUGUUUUAUUUUUUUAUGGUAAACAUUGUAAAAUAUUAAGAUUCAUUUUGUUGCUCUCCCACACUUUCAUGUCACAACCAUACAAGUCAUUCUACCACAUGGGUGGAGCCUAAUUUUAGCCACACCCCUAACUUUCUGACACUGUAGUCACACUGCAUAGCCCUGCCUGUCCGUUAUGGCUCUAGGGCAGACAUGUCCAAAGUCCAGCCCAGGGGCCAAAUGCGGCCCGUGGUCAGAUUUCAUCCGGCCCCCAGCCUCUGUCAUAAAAUCAAUAACGUCUGGCCCGUACACAGACUUAAUAAAUUGGUCAGCAGUACUGCUGCAAGCAUAUGAUGUAUGAUGUAUGAUGUGACCCUUAACUCCCAAUUUUCUAAAAUGGCGACAAUCAACAACAAAAAAAGUUGACUGCAACGGCUGGCGCUUCAAGGAUAGGUGGAAACUGGACUAUUUCGUCACUAAAAUACGCAACGACUGUGUCUGCCUCGUUGGGAAAGAGACAGUCGCUGUUUUUAAAGAGUUCAAUAUGAGGCGAUAUUACCAAACAAGACACGCUGACAUGUACGACAAGAAUAUAGGGAAGAUACGCAGCGAGAAAUUGAAGCAACUUGAAGCUAGUUUAAUUUCACAGCAGCAGUAUUUCGCAAGAGCCCGAGAGUCAAAAGAGAACGCCACAAAGGCUAGUUGCGAGAUUAUUAUUUUUUUAAAUUAAUAAUUUCAAUAAAGAAAAUGUGACACACAGAAUGGCUUGCUAAAAUUUGCUUAGAUAUAUUGUUCUACGUAAAGGACGUCAUCCAAGGUCGGCCCCCCACAUUUUUACCACACCAAAUCUGGCCCCCUUUGCAAAACGUUUGGACACCCAUGGUGUAAAGUUAUCAACUGUGGGAGCAAUAAUUAGAAAAUGGAAGACAUACAAGACCACUGAUAACCACUGAUCUCCCUCGAUCUGGGGCUCCAUGUUUGGCCUCGGUUAUUGCCAACAAAGGGUACAUAACGAAGUAUUGAGAUGAACUUUUGGUAGUGACCAAAUACCUAUUUUUCACCAUG